AGACUGACUGAAGCACACAGAACAGCUGUGAAAGUCAUCAGGAGAAUGCAGUAUUUUGUGGCCAGAAGAAAAUUUCAGCAAGCUCAGAAGCCAUACGAUGUCCGUGACGUGAUUGAGCAGUACUCCCAAGGACACCUCAACAUGAUGGUUCGCAUAAAAGAACUUCAAAGAAGGUUGGACCAAUCCUUGGGAAAGCCAGGUCUUUUCCUCCCAGAAAAAGGGGUAGACAAAGGAUACUACAGUAUAGGAGCCAGACUGAUCCGGCUGGAGGAUAAGGUCAUGCAGAUGGACCAGAAGCUGGAUGACAUUCUGAGCACGCUCCAGGCUCAGCUGGGGGAUCAGUCCCAGGCACAGAUGCCAGGGCCAGCCAUCCCACCUGUCAGACCUCUGCAGACAACCACAGAGUCCCCCCCAGUGAACCAGAAAAUGUGAAAGCCAGUGGACACUCACAUGUGACCCUCUUGUUCUUUCACAUCCGAGUAUUUCUCAGUCUUGGUGUCUUCAGCUGUGUCGUGGGUGAAAUUAAAUAUUCUGCAGUAGUAGGUUAAUGAGGAAAAACAAAAAUAGAGAAAAAAAAAAAAAGAGAAGAAACAGCAAGAAGCCAGUCAUGACCUUAGAAGAGCACAUAAGUUUUGCACCUGUUUUAUUUUAGCCAUCGUUAGCUAAACUCUGCCAGCCCGCGGCGGUCCCAUCCCCCCAGCCCCAUUCGGGCUGAGCACACAGGCACCGGGCACGCUGUCGAGGGAAGCAUCCCAGCCAGGGUUAGGAUGACCCAUUUGUGGGCACGGAAGGGGAAAAGAACUGUUCUUUUGGCAUUUAAUCACUAAGUUUAAUGCUCACAGCAUGCCCGAAAGGGGGAAAGGAGCCAGCAUUUGAACAUGAAACAAAUGGAAAUCAGUGAACAGGAAAAUUAAACAGCAUGUUUUGACUUCUACCAAGCAGUGAGGAUCAUAAGAAGGGCAGAUUUAUAUGCUAGUGCGAAUGACAAAGUAAAGACAACAGGCUACUGAUUAAAAAUAUGGAAGUGUACACAGGCUGGUUGACAUAUGAAAGGCUGAAGCAAAGAUUUCAGCUAAUUAAAGCAAAGGGUUGCCAGUGAGAUGAGAUGCAUGUUGGAACAGACAGGCAGGAGAGAUAGGAUCUGCGUAGGCUUACUGCACCAGAACACUGUAAUAGCUAUCAGCUACGCUGAUGACUGUUAUGCAAAAUGUUCUCAAGCUUUUACCUUCAUUCAGCAGCGGUUGUUGACUCCAGUUACCUUAAUUUUAACGUAAGAAACCUGCAUGGUAAUUGGCUGUGACUGUCUGUGAAGCUGGGUUCUAGCCACCGAGUAGCAGGGUGCUGCAGGAGGGCUGCAGCUGUGACUGAGAGUGGCAGGGUUUCUUAAGGAAAACAGAAAUGCACGCACUGUUGAUGAAAGUUAAUCGCUGUUUAAAUAAACUGCUGUAUAUAAUUUUAAAUGCUAGAUUUAUUUUUUGCCUUGUAAUCUGGCUGUAGAUCGAGUGCAUAUGCUGGCUGAUGUACUGCUGUUGAGGAACACAUCUGGUGCAGUGUCAUGGGUUAUAUGCAGGUAGCUGGGCUCGCAAGCUGCAGAUGGAAAUGCAGAUUGAGAUGCAGAUUUAAAUGCAGAUUGAAGUACAGGUUGAGAUCUGGGUGGGAGCCUGGGACAAGAGGAUGAGCUGCCGACCUUUGGGAUGACAAAAACACAAAGGCAGGUGAUGCCAGCCAGGUGACUGGACACUGAGACACAGCAGCAGCCGGGAAUUGCCGACCUUUUGGACAGCAAGGGAGAUGAAGACGGGUGAUGCCUGCGAGGUGGAUGGACACAGAGAUGGGGGCAGGAGCCGAAGACUCGGGAGGAAGAGUGAGACUGGCCACGGGGAGGCUGUGAUGAGAUAAAAUCCCAGGGGUUCCUUUGCUGGGGUCCCUCCUUGGAGGCACCAGCUCGGCUGUUUGUGUGUCACUGCCCCAGGAAUAAAAUGGCUUUAUGGAAUGAGACAUCUGGGACUCUGCCACCUCUGCCAUGCAAACCUGGCGUGAUGUGAGGGGGGUGUGUGGGGAGCCAGGCAGGGACCUGUCGGUCCCUGGAGCUGGGGAAGGGCCUUCGGUCCCAGAAAGUCCCUGACCUUGGGAGUGCCCCUGCCAGGGAGUCCUGGGAAUGGUCCGACUGGGGAGUUUCCUUAACACUGUCACCAUAAAAUGGAUCUUACCUGGCACUUCAGAAAAGGGACAAUACAACACUGUUGCUAAAGACCUAAAUAAUAAACCAAGCUAAAAUGG